AUGUUAUUUUUAUUUAUCAUCACCAUUCUAUAAUAAUUACUAAUAUCUAAACAAUGUUAGAUAUUCGAUUAACAAAUAUUGCUUGGAAAUUAUUAUACAAAUAAUGGUGCAACCUUGGCAAUUAUCUACUUCAAAUCUCAUGUAUAAUUAUUUAAUGAAAACAGGGAUUAUGUGAUAAGUAAAUUAAAAUCAAUUUGAUCAAACUGAGAUAUGAAAGUGUUAAUAUUGAUGGCAUUUAUUAUUUGAAUACAGCUACCAUUGAAUCUUCAAUGUAGAUCAAGUUUAAUCAUGAUUACUAUAUAACAUUAGAAGAUAUGUAAUUAUUGCUUAGAUUGCCAAAAAAAUAUGGAAAAGAACCAAUAUCAAUAGCUGAAUUUGAAGGAAGCUUCUAACUGAUAAAUAAUAAAUCCAUUUUAAAUGUUCCAGCAUUUGAUAUGAUAAAAAGUAUUAAUGUUGAGUCAAUACACCUUAUAUUAAUAAAUGGAUGUGAUAUUGGUAAUAUUUUAAAAAAUUUACAAAAAAAAAUUGGCAAAUGGACAAUUUUAAUAGGAAGAUAUGCUUGUAAGACUAGAUUGUAACACUUGAAAUAUGAUAAAUAUAUUCAGAUUCAAGAAAAUUAAUAAGUCACAUUGAUUCAGACAAAAUAAAAACAGCAAAGCAAUUAUGUAAAAAUAGAUAUAUUUAAUCUAAAUGAUAAUUAAUUUAAAUAUGAUUACUAUUUGAAUGAUGAAUUAAUUAAAUAAGAAUUAGUGAUUAAAAAUACUAUAGAAAAAAAUAACAGUGAAACUGAUUGUUAGCCAUAUGGAUAGAGAAUAAGCUUAGGAUAUUAUUACACAAAUUAUAAUAAUUCAAACGAAUUAAUUAAUAUUGCUUAUAAUACUUUAGUAAUUAAAAUUAUAAUGAUAUUAGUCUUAUUGCCCUAGUGGGUUCUUACACAUUUAUGAUAACAAAAGUGUCGAUUAAUGGGUCUCUCUAUCAGAAAUACGAACUUUAAAUAUGAGUCAGAUUUAUGAAGAUACAAGUUACAAUUUUACUUAUGUGACUUAUAUUAAUAUUGCUUCUUUGAACAACUCUAUUUUACCUUAUUAAGGGUAAAUUUAUUACUAUAAAAUUUAUGGUGAUGCAAAUUCGGAGAGUUUAGCGUAUUAAUUUAAAGUACCUUUGAAAGAAUAUGAUAAUUAAAUACACAAAAUGAUCUUUUUUGGAGACAUGGAUUCUAAUUGGACGGGUAAUAAAUCAAAAGAAACUUUUGAUUGGUUUUAAUCAAUUUAAAGUAAUUAAAGCGAUUAUGAUGUUCUAAUUUUUGAAGGAGAUAUGGCAUACAAUUUAGAAUCUUUAGAUUGUUAAUAAGGAGAUUGGUGGCUUAGAAACAUGAGCACUUUUUCAGGUUAUUAUCCUUUAUUGGCUACUCCAGGAAACCAUGAUUCUGGAAAAAAUAAUGAAUAUGAUUUUUACAGAAUAUCGUUUUUAUCUCCUGAAUUAGAUUUAAAUACAAGAGAUAAUUUUUAUAAUUUUUACAGUGUAGAUUUGGGAUUAGUGCAUUAUAUAUUUUAUAAUCCAAAAAAUAUAGUUUAUAAUGAAAGCAAUUAAACAGAAAUUGAUUAUAUGGUUAAGAUAAUGGAGAAUGAUCUAUUAUAGGCUACAAAGAAUAGAGAAUAAGUUCCUUGGAUAAUUGUAAAUAGUCAUUUUCCAAUGUAUUGCAGUAAUGAAACUGAUGCAAUGUGUUCAUAUAACUUUAUAGCACUUAAGCCAUUUGCAGAAUUGUUCAGUUAAUAUGGAGUUGCAAUCUAUAUGUCUGCUCAUCAGCAUAAUUAUGAAAGAGAUGCUCCAUUUAUAAAUAAUUAAUCAUAAAUAAAUACUGGACUUAUAACAGAUGGUCCUGAAUAACAUUUAAUUAUGAAUUCAGCAGCUCCCGUUUAUAUUAUUGAAGGAUCUGCAGGUUAAGAAUAUUAUACUCCUUUGGUGCCUUGUAAUAAAUCCUAUAUUAUUAGAUCCAUAACAACCCUACACCAUAUAUUAGACAGGAUAUAAUGAUGGCAUAGGAAUAUUGUAUGUUUAUAAUGAAACUCAUUUGUAUUUUGAAUAGAUAGAUUUGAUUGAAAAGAAAGUCGUAGAUUAUGUUUGGGUUGUUUAAAUAAGAGGGAUUAAUGAAGAAAAGACAUUCAAUAUUUUAUUAUGGAUAAUACUAGCAUUAGCUUUAAUAUUGACCAUUGGACUUGUAAUUUAUUAUAUAAUGAGAAGAUAAAUGAUAAAAGAGAAGUUGCUUAAUUGA